ACUCACAAACAUCGUUCAUUAUUUCAUUAAUUAAUGAAUGAAUCAAUGAAAUAGAAACGAAGGAGUAGAGAAAGACGUCAACCUCGUACUUGUUUGUGUUGUGCCACUGAAACAAUUUUUGUACGACCGUUUGUCUGAAUUCAACAGCGAUUGGCGAUGGUUUUUCUAUUAAAUCGUCGUAAAUACGUAUAGUGAAUUUUAGGACAAUGGCAGUGAUGGUGGGCAGCGAUUCCGACUCGGAUCAGUCCGACUAUCCUGAGCAAUCUACAGAAGUGGAAUCGUCGGAUAAUGGAGAGUGUCAAAGCAAGGAGGAUCUAUGUCCUCCAUCUAAAAAAAUCAAGAGGCAACUGCAUCAAAAGAGGGGGGCCAAAUCUAAGGGCUUUCUGAAAGGGCUAAAAGCAGGUGAAGAGAUGCGAGCAUUAUCAGAUUUUGAGAUGAAUGUGGUGACCCUACAAAUAAGUAAUAUCCUUAAGGAUAUUUCCAUCAGUGAGAAACGACGUCAGCAGGCGAUGAGCUGGUUUACCCAGCUUAAAGAAGCUUUGCUUAAUGUCCAGAUAAGCAAAAAACACGCAGAGAAAAUGAGGAUGCCUUUGCGAACAAUGCCGGCUGAUCCACAAAUAGCUGAUUUUACGUUUCGCUCACCUAAAGAUGUCUCGUUGGUUGGCAGCUUCGCAUACGAGACAGCGAUUAAAUUGAGCUCCCUUGAUGUGGCUGUGGAAAUGCCUAGGGACUGCUUCGUGAAGUGGGACUACCACAACGUCAAAUACCACCGAAAGAGAGCACUUUAUUUGACGUAUCUUGCCGCUGCUUUGCAGAAAAUACCAUCACUGCACUCGAAAUUGUACUGGCGUGUAGAGGGAGACGAUCGCCUACCUAUUCUAGUGGCUGUUUCACCCUCUGGCAAUCUAACAGCACACAUUCUACCAUAUCCUGAAAGUGGGCUAUUUCAGUUCUCACGAUUCGCGCCUGACAAGCUUAACGUGCAGGAGAAGUUUUACGGCUUGCCUCCCAACUCGCGCAAACCUGUGCUCAUUUACAAUGGAGGCGUUCUUCAAGAUAUGCUCAUGGUACAGAACAGAAACGAACUGUCAGAACAACUAAGGACUUCAAGCGGAAUUCGCGGAGGUAUUCAGAUUUUAAAGUUGUGGCUUCUCACAAGAGGACUCUGCAAUGGCCCAGAUGGCUUUAAGAGUUAUCAUCUAACAGAAUAUGCCGACUACCUUUUACGUUCGGGACGGUUGAAUUCCCUCAUGGGUGUCUACCAAGUAGUACGAGCCAUUCUGGCACAAAUGCAGAUGGAGGAUUGGACUUCGGAACGUUUGCUUGCCGGCAACACAUGCUCCACGAUUGCAAAGACUUCUCAUAAAUUCAUGCUGGAGCAAGAAGUUGCCGCUAUUCUCGUUGACCGUACGGGUUACCAUAACAUCUUUUACCGAGUUUCUUUGGAUACACUUGAUUUGUUACGGGCUGAGGCUCGCUCCGCACUUCAAUCGCUCAACUCGAGCUCGGUCAACCUGAUUAAUGAGCUACUUUGGACACCCGUCUCUUUUUAUCGUAAGUUGGAUUGUUACAUCCGCAUCGAGUUCGGUCAUGGCAGCAAACAACUAACCGACAGCGUGGAUAGCUGGAUUCGGGCAGAUUUCGGGGGAAGUGUACUUUGGCCAACAUCGCGGGCAAUAUUGGCUACCCUACGCCGAGCACUCGGUCGUAGGGUUUCACUAUUAGUGGCCCGACCAUUAACCCACCUAGAGUGGGAAAUCGGUGGAAACUUCCCCGAAGAAGCAAGUUCUAUCGCAGUAGGUUGGAACCUGGAUCCCGAUGAAUUGCAUCAUAUUGAAAAAGGUCCGCCCGCCGAUUCUUCAGAGGCCAGCGAAUUUCGCGAUUUUUGGGGACAUAAAUGUGAGAUCCGCCGUUUUCAAGACGGCUCAAUUUUAGAGACAGUUGUGUGGCCUGGUGAGACUGCAGAGGACCGAAAGCGUAUCACAUAUAAUAUAUGUGACUAUAUUUUGCGGCAGAAGCACAAAAUAAACAAAAUAUCAUUUUCGGGUGAAAUGUGCGAUCGCAUCCUACAGUUGCCAAACUGUCAUUUUACCAGUCGUUACGGAACUGGAGACGAACAACUUGUUGAUGUUAAUACUAAGUUUAAUGAGUUUGCAAAAACUUUACGAAAGCUGCCUGAUCUACCGGUUGAUAUAAGCGCCGUUUGUGGCCUGUCUCAAGAACUUAGCUAUACAGCAGUUUUCCCCCAGGUAGCAGCUGCAUGCGAUACUGACACGCGGCUUGUAACGCGUAGCGCAGGUCGCUGUAUUCCCCGUGCAGAUCAUGGCGUACCUAAGCUUGUACGACCCAUAGAUGUGCUACUACAAGUGGAGUGCAGCAAAUGGCCCGACGACCUGAAUGCCUUUAGGUACAUGAAGACGGCAUUCUAUAUAACAUUAGCCAGCAAGUUAGAAGGCCGUGAAUGUCAAGUGUUUCAUGAUCACCUGCUAGUGCUUUUUCAAGGCUUAUUGUUUCGGGUGCGUGUAUCUUGUACGAAAGAGAUCGCAUUAACUAAGCAGGUAAUUUCGCCUGAGGGCAUGGUAAGGCAUGUCGAAAACAAAAUGAGCGAACGCUUAGAGUUUGAGUAUAUUGUCUUGCCAAAGUUAAUUUCAGCUUUGCAUGGCCUACAUCUUCAACACACAACAUUCGGGCCUGCCUGCCGUAUUGCGAAGCGGUGGCUCUCUUCCCACCUGCUGUAUGAAGCAUUCCCUUCAGUGGUUGUGGACCUGUUAAUGGCGUAUAUUUAUAUUCACCCAUUACCAUAUUUUGUGCCUCAUUCGUCUAGAGCAGCUUUUCAGCGUUUUCUGCACCUUUUGGCCAAUUUUGACUGGCGUCUCAAUCCGCUCGUUAUCAAUUUUGGUGAACAGUUUACUUCUGAGACUUAUCAACAAAUUCAUUUACAUUUCGUCCGAAAUCGGCCGUCGUUGCCAGCACUAUUUAUACACACGCCGUUUGAUAAAAAGGAAGAGUCAUGGAUUACGACAGAAAAUCCAAUCGGUCCGGCUCUACAGCGGGCGGUAGUUUUAGCUAGAAAAAGUUUGGCCUUUAUUGAGGAGCAGAUGGUUGAGGGCCAAAACAUUCUCGGUGUUUUUAAAACAUCACUUGAUAUUUAUGAUUUUGUCAUCAAAUUGGACGAACGUUUCAUGGCUACAUACUACCUUAACAACAGCUCGACUGAAAAGCUUUCAUUCACUAAGAUGCGGGACGAAAUACCCGUGGUUGAUUUUGACCCAGUUAGACUUUACCUUGACGAUUUGCAAGCUGCGUAUGGCCAUUUAUGCAUAUUUUUUUACGAUGGAUACGGAGGAACUGAUAUCGGUGGAUUGUGGUUGCCGAAAUCACAAGCUCCAGUCCCAUUCAAAGUGCACAAUCUUAUUGGAAGAAAAUUGACUGAGCCUGCUAAGGUAUUAACGCCCAACUACCCGGCGAUACUUAGCGAUUUAAAAACUCUUGGCCAGGGUCUAGUGAAAAAUGUUGUGGAGCAAAAAUGUCCUAGCACCUAUAGCCGCCUUCGAAAGGAUAGCCAUUAAUUUUGUGAAAUUAGUUUCGUUAUGGUGUUAAGCAAAUUAUUUCUGACAAUAGAAUAAUAAAGAAGCCAGAUUGAUUGUAUCAUAUAGGCACUUAGUAAGCAUUUGCUUGCGUAUCCUAGGUCGUUCGUUUGUGUGUGCAUGCGUGUGAAAUGUGUUACAUUAGGAAUAAACGUAACUACUGUUCGGGAUGUUCACUGUUUUUGUCUUACUCAUUCAAACCACUCUUGUUUAUUUUUCUUGUAAGUGACUGUGGAAGCAUCAAUGCACACGCCUCUGGCAGACGUUUAAUAAUGAUCGGAUCGAGCCUUCCGUUUACCUGUGCUGAAGACAACAAUUGUAACUGCUGUAACUACAACGGUGACCGGAGGCGACACAAAAUGCUAAUAUCAAUGAUUUGUAAUUAAUGACAUAUCCAUGAGACAGGCCCAGAUACACGGCUAAGUAAGGCCCACAUAAAGCGAGAACAACAUCCGAAAUAUUAUCCAUCGUUUGUUACCGUUUCUGCUACUGUGAUUACUACUGCUGUUGUGUUACUGGAUCUCGGGCAGUGGUCAAAAGGGUCUGCACCAAUGAACGAGGUAAUUGCCACGGUGCGCAAACAUUGAUUUUCUCCGAAUGUCUAAAUUCUCGGAUGCGUGCCUCUCACUUUUUCUCUUUUUUGUGACCUUACAGCUUUGGUUUCUACUAGGCUAAUGAUAACGUUGAGUGAGUAACUUGUAUCUUAUUUUCAUUCCUCAUUUUCCUGUGGUGGAUACUGCAGGAAAAAGAGCACAUAGAAAACUAUUAACGAAUGUAAAACGGCUAGUUAAGCGGCUGCGGGCCGCCAAAGUAGAUGUCAUGGACUACGGUAGCCGCCUGUUGGUUACACUCUCGAUACAGCUACAGAGCUUUUGCGUUUCACGGAGGUGGACCUAGGGCAUUAUCGUGGGGACGCUAUGAUUUGUACAACAUAUAAGGCUUAAAUGUGGAAUCAGGAACGGACGGAUAUCUGAUGAAGUGUUUGUUCAUCCGGAUAUACUCUCGUUUGAGAGGAGAGCGCAGGGCGGGUUAACUGUAGUUAGCUCCAGAUGGUUGUGCCGAGAGCGAAGCCACCGUCGCCGCCGCUCCAAUACUGACGCCGGCCUGGAUGAAGCCUGGAAUAAUUGUGAGGGACCUACAGGGAGGCAGUAUUACUUCAAGCUCUACCCCAGAAGCAGCAUCAACCCAGAUGGACUCAAAUGGGAGAAGAAAGAAGUAAUUAAGAUGUGGCAUGCGUAGGAGACGCUUGAGGGAGACUAUGAUGAUUUACUACGAUGU